CUGGCCAUGAAAAGUACACCAAACUAUCUCUGGGAAACAGAAGAUGUGCUGGGUCAAGGGGCCACUGCCAGUGUGUACAAAGCCCGCAACAAGGUAUCAGGAGAACUAGUUGCUGUUAAAGUCUUCAACAAUGCCAGUUACCUGAGACCUCAGGAGGUACAGAUGAGAGAAUUUGAAGUCCUAAGGAAGUUAAACCACCAAAACAUUGUCAAACUCUUUGCUGUGGAAGAAAUUGAAAGCAGCAAACAGAAAGUGCUGGUAAUGGAGUACUGCUCAGGUGGGAGCCUGCUGACCUUGUUAGAAGAACCAGAAAAUGCCUUUGGCUUGUCAGAAUCCGAGUUCCUCAUAGUGUUACACUGUGUAGUGUCUGGCAUGAAUCAUCUUCGUGAGAAUGGGAUUGUUCACAGGGAUAUCAAACCAGGAAACAUCAUGCGUCUCAUUGGAGAAGACGGACAGAGUGUUUACAAGCUGACUGAUUUUGGAGCUGCCCGCGAACUGGAGGAUGAUGAAAAGUUUGUGUCAGUUUAUGGGACAGAAGAAUAUCUUCACCCAGAUAUAUAUAAGCGAGCUGUGCUGAAGAAGCCCCAGCAGAGGGCUUAUGGGGCAACUGUAGAUCUGUGGAGUAUUGGGGUAACCUUUUACCAUGCAGCCACAGGCAGCCUCCCGUUUAUCCCUUUUGGAGGACCUCGCAAGAACAAGGAAAUAAUGUACAAAAUAACAACUGAGAAGCCCACUGGAGCUAUCGCAGGCAUCCAACAACAAGAGAAUGGGACCAUUGACUGGACCUAUGAGCUACCAAUCACAUGCCGACUUUCUCUUGGACUGAAAAGACUACUUGUCCCCAUCCUCGCAAACGUUUUGGAGGCUGAUCAAGAGCAGUGCUGGGGCUUUGACCAGUUUUUUGCAGAAACCAAUGACAUCCUGCACCGGACGAUAAUCCUUGUCUUCUGUUUGCCACAAGCUGCCAUGCACUGGGUCUUCAUCCACUCCUAUAACACAGCUGCCAUAUUUCUAGAAGAAGUCUUCCAGGAAACAAAUAUAGUUGGCCACCACCAGGAGUACUUCUUUGAGGGACACUCAUAUGCAUUGGAGCCCAGUCUUCAGGCUCAUAAUUUCCCCAGGACCACAGAAAACUGUCCUCUGAUCAUGCUGAGCACAGAACUGGAAGAUCCAGUGGUGCUGAGGUACAGAGAUCCGGCUUUAGAGUACCCAAAGUUUCUCCCCCAAGUCGAUGUCUUAGCAGAUUGCAGUACAGCAAAGGAUGUUGUGAGUGCAACUUACUACACCGUGAGGGUAGCAAGGUCACUUCUGCAGUGCCAGGAACUGGUUCUCAGAGGCUUGUAUUGGGUGAG